UGGUAGGGCUGCAGGGCGGCCAGCAAUCAUUACCCAAGCAUGUACGGAUAGAGUGUACGUAUAUCGGAUCUUCCAUGCAGAUAUAGCGAAUGCCUUGUUUUCCACGGCAUUUUGCGUCCACCUCCGAGCAAUUCUCUUUGGCCAUUUUGUUGGGAAUUCCCCCCACAGCGAACGGGCGGAUCCGUGGAUGGGUCUCGACCUGUCCGUUUUUCGGGAGCCACUAGUGAUCCCCUGGCCAGCCACUCGACGACUCAGCGACUGCGCAUUCCUGAGGUUAAUGCGAAUAGCGUGUCGACCACGGGUCCACCUCUGAUUCUGAGAAUUUCAGGAACUGGUCGGGUCUGAUUGGUUCCUGCGGGCAACGGUCAGGAGAGACCCUUGCCUUUGACAGAAAAUUUAGAUCCCAAAAUGUACAUAGGGAGCAGCGUCGGUCAGUUCUGUCACCUCUGCUGGCUUGUUCGUCUUCUACCACUAUCCCACCAUGGCUGAACUUCGCAAGCGGCCUGUCGAGGCAGCGCAGCCCAUCGACCAGGACAACGUCCCCAGCCUGCAAUCCCUCAAAGAUGCCAUUCCCAAGGAAUGCUUCGAUUCGUCCGUCGUGACUUCGCUCCUCUACCUCGCCCGUGACAUCCUGUACUGCGCCAUCCUCGCCUACGGCGCGUUCCACAUCCACCUUCUCCCUUCCCUGCCGCUUCGGAUUCUCGCCUGGGCCGUCUACGGCUUCUUCCAGGGCUGUGUUGGAACUGGACUAUGGAUUCUCGCUCAUGAGUGCGGCCACGGCGCCUUUUCCAAGCACCAGUCCUUCAACGAUUUUGUCGGAUGGGCCGCUCACUCGUUCCUCAUGGUUCCCUACUUCUCCUGGAAGAUCACCCACGCGCGUCACCACCGCUACACCGGCCACAUGGAGAAGGACACGGUCUUUGUGCCCUGGACCGACGACCAGCUGGCCAAGAAGAAGAACGUCCGCAUCGAGCAGCUCAAGCAUCUCGCCGAGGAGACCCCGAUUGUUUCCUUUGUGCAGCUGAUCGGCCACCAGUUGAUGGGCUGGCAGCUGUAUCUGUUCCUGAACGUCACGGCCGGCCCUAAGAGUCUGCCCGACGGCGGCAGCCGCACCGGCAUGUCCAGCCACUUCAACCCGUUUGGUGAGAUCUUCAGCAAGUCGCAGGUGCUGAGCGUCGCCCUGUCGGAUCUGGGACUGUUGAUCAUGGGAUCGAUUCUGUACUAUGCGUCGACUCAGGUUGGCGUGUGGAAUGUGGUUCUGUUGUACUUUAUCCCGUACCUGUGGGUGCAUCACUGGUUGAUUGCUAUUACCUACCUUCAACACACCCACCCGGAAGUCCCGCACUACUCUGCUGAAACCUGGACCUACACCAAGGGUGCCUUGGCCACCAUCGACCGCAGCAUCGGUUUUAUUGGUCGUCACUUUUUCCACGAGAUCAUUGACUAUCACGUCGUGCACCACCUCUUCAGCCGUAUUCCUUUCUACAAGGCCGAGGAGGCCACUCGUGCUAUCCAGCCCCUGCUGGGCGAGAAGUACCGCGAGGAGAAGGAGGAGAGCUUCCUGUACUCGCUGAUGACGACGUUCCGCAAGUGCAUUUACGUGUCGGAUGCGGGCAAGAAGAAAGGCGUGUUGCACUUUGUGCUGGCGGAGGAGGCUAAAUGAUGUACUCUGUUGUUGAUUGUGGAUUGAUUGUAUACAUGGGUAUGGUGUUUGGGUGGUGAUUGCAUGUAUGAUAGACAUAGACUAUAGACUUGCAUAGAACAAACUUUCCUCGACUCGUUAUUGCAGCAGUAUGCGUGCAGUGGGUGAGGAGAGGCCCGUCAGGUGUGGUUCCAUGUGAGAUUUUACAUUCGGAUCCUCCCUUCUGGUCUGUGCUUUGACUCAGGAGAGACCUCGGAAAUCGUCGAGAUCAUCGUCAAGAGUGGGCUGGAUUGGUCUCCGUCAGCUGGCUAAUUAUUUAGGGUUCACCUUACCUCGGCUGUAAGAGGGC